CUAGUGCCCUCUUCUGCUCACUAGUGCCCCACCUUUCUUACUAGUGCUACAUUUCCUAUCUCCCUGCUUACCAGUGCCCAUUCUCCUGCUCACUAGCUCCUCCACCUCCUCAUUAGUUCUCUCUUCAUCUCUUUCACCACUUUAUACCCAUUAAUACCCCCUGCCUCACAAAUCACUAGUGCCCCCUCCUCCUCUAGUGUACCCCUGCCUCACUUCUCACUAGUGCCCCCUCCUCCUCUAGUGUACCCCUGCCUCACUUCUCACUAGUGCCCCCUCCUCCUCUAGUGUACCCCUGCCUCACUUCUCACUAGUGCCCCCUCCUCCUCUAGUGUACCCCUGCUUCACUUCUCACUAGUGCCCCCUCCUCCUCUAGUGUACCCCUGCCUCACUUCUCACUAGUGCCCCCUCCUCCUCUAGUGUACCCCUGCCUCACAAAUCACUAGUGCCCCCUCCUCCUCUAGUGUACCCCUACCUCACUUCUCACUAGUGCCCCCUCCUCCUCUAGUGUACCCCUGCCUCACUUCUCACUAGUGCCCCCUCCUCCUUUAGUGUACCCCUACCUCACUUCUCACUAGUGCCCCCUCCUCCUCCUAGUGUACCCCUGCCUCACUUCUCACUAGUGCCCCCUCCUCCUCUACUGUACCCCUGCCUCACUUCUCACUAGUGCCCCCUCCUCCUCUAGUGUAUCCCUGCCUCACUUCUCACUAGUGCCCCCUCCUCCUCCUAGUGUACCCCUGCCUCACAAAUCACUAGUGCCCCCUCCUCCUCUAGUGUACCCCUGCCUCACAAAUCACUAGUGCCCCCUCCUCUAGUGUACCCCUGCCUCACAAAUCACUAGUGCCCCCACACUCUACCCCCCCGGUACACAAUCGUGUCUUGGCGUUACCACUACUGAUCAGAGGGGCACCUUCAUCUCUCGCCUGCUGGCCAUGGCGUCCAAGUCUGGGAAGCUGUUUGAUCUGGAAGGGAGCUGCGUCCUGUGCUGUCAGGAGUUUGAUGUGUUCGCUCUAGGGAAGUGUGACCACCCCGUGUGCUACCGCUGCUCCACCAAGAUGCGGGUUCUGUGCGAGCAGAAGUACUGCGCCGUGUGCCGGGAAGAGCUGGACAAGGUGGUGUUUGUUAGAAAAGUUGCGCCCUUCUUAAGCAUCAACACCUCCCAGAUGCAAUGUGAGAUGAAACACGACAUCUACUUCAGUGAUAGCAAACUUUUCUCUCUCUUCAGGCGCUUGCUGCAGCAUGAAUGUCACCUGUGCCCUGACAUGAGACCCUUCCACGCCUUUGCUGACCUAGAACAGCACAUGAGGAAACAUCAUGAGCUCUUCUGCUGUAAACUCUGUCUGAAGCACCUGAAGAAUUUUACCUAUGAGCGGAAGUGGUAUUCACGGAGGGAUCUCGCCCGUCAUCGCAUUCAAGGCGACCCAGAAGACACAUCCCAUCGUGGCCAUCCUCUCUGCAAGUUCUGUGAUGAGCGUUACCUUGACAAUGAUGAGCUGCUGAAGCAUUUGCGCAGGGACCACUAUUUCUGCCACUUCUGUGACUCUGAUGGGGCUCAGGAAUACUACAGUGACUACUCCUUCCUGAGGGAGCACUUUCGCGAGAGUCACUUUCUGUGUGAGGAGGGGAGGUGCAGCACGGAGCAGUUUACACACGCCUUUCGGACUGAAAUUGACUACAAGGCACACAAAACCUCCUGCCAUAGCAAGAACCGCGCCGAAGCACGCCAGAACCGACAGAUCGAUCUUCAGUUCAGCUAUGCUCCAAGACAUAGUCAUAGUCAUAGUCGCAGAGCUGAGGGUGUAGUUGGAGGGGAAGAUUAUGAGGAGGUGGAUCGAUAUAACAGACAGGCAAGACCAGUAAGGGGGUUGGCACGUGGAGGUCAGCAGAACCGCAGGGGGAGCUGGAGGUAUAAAAGAGAAGAGGAAGAUCGAGAGAUUGCUGCUGCAGUGAGAGCGUCUGUAGCAGCCAGAAGACAAGAAGAAACUGGGAGAAAACAAGUCCUGGAAAAUGGCGAUGGCCCAAAAAGUAGGACGGAGGACUUUAGGGAUCCUGAGGAGGGACGCAAAGCAAAACCUAUCCCUAAAUCCUCUGGAGAUACCACAGGUCCAAAAGAAUUGGGUAUGACCUCAAACUCCUCCAACGGGGUAUUGAAGCCAGAAGACUUCCCAGCUUUUGGCUCUGCUGUGGCUGCACCAUUGAGUGCACCUAAACCAGCUCCUGUUAAAUCAGCUCCUGUUAAACUAAAGGAAGAGGAUUUUCCAAGUCUGUCGUCCACCUCGGGCUCCUCCUCAGCUUCCCCCUUCCCUGCUGGGCCAUCGUACACUUCUUCAGCAAGGUCUUCAAAAGCUUUCCAUGAAGAGGAUUUCCCAGCCUUGGUGUCCAAUAUAAAGCCCGGUAAACCACUAUCGGCCGUCACCUCUGCUUGGACAACUUCCUCUUCUAAAAGUUCCACAAAACCCUCUUCACCUACCAUAGCUGCUUCAAGCAAAGUAUCAAAGAAAGCCGCCCAGCCGAGUAUCUCAAAAGGUCCCUACAAGAAACUUCAGAGACCUCCUUCCCUCUCCGACGAUGAAGAUGACGGUACAGGGAUAACUGCGCAGGAAUUCCGCAAUGCUCCGACCAUGAUGGAUAUCUCUAAGCUGCUCACCACAUCUUCUUCCCAAACAAGUGGGAAAAGCAACAGAAAGAAGCGAGUGGGAUCAGAGCAUCCAAGCCAUUCAUCCCCAGGUCUUACUGUAGAGGACAGGUCGACGAGUUCUUCCCUCAAAGAGAAUGCCACAGAGAUUGAGCGCACCCCGACACCCCCUGCAACAUCAAUCCUCAGCGAUAAGUCAAACACAGUUGUUAAUGGUCUCAGUGAGAAAAAGGUGCCGGACAAAGGAAGUGGCUGUAAAGAUCCCCCUGGGCUGAAGACUUUGUCCUAUGCAGGUCCAAAGUACCCUGGACCAGAUGAGGAUUUUCCAGCAUUGGGGAACAGUAACUUGAUGAGGAUGCCACCACCAGGAUUUUGUCCCGUAGUGACUGCCGCACCUUUGCCACCUCCUCCAGGAUUGUCCUCAUCGGUUGGGAAGCCUCCUCCAGGAUUUACCAAUGUAUCAUCGGCGCCUCUCCCUGCACAGCCACCCGUCAAACCAGUGAAGGAGACUUACCUCAGACCUGAGAACUUCCAGCAAAGAAACAUCCACCUGAUCGACUCCAUCAAAGAUUACCUGCACAGCGACGAGUCCAAGUUCAAUGAAUUUAAGUCCUAUUCUGGCAAGUUCAGACAGGGAUUGAUAUCUGCCUCUGAGUAUUACAAAAGCUGCCAUCAACUUCUGGGCGAGAACUUCAGUCUGAUCUUCAACGAGCUCCUGGUGCUUCUUCCAGAUAACGCCAAACAGCAGGAGCUGCUGAGCGCCCACCAAGAGCUGCGACUAGAACAGAAACAAAGCUCCAACAAGUCCAAGAAGAGCAAGAAAGCCGCCUGGAAAACGGACUCCAGCUCCCCCGAACUGGACUACUCCACCUGCCCCUCCUGCAGCCAAGUGCUGGCCCCACAGGACAUUGCAUAUCACAAGGAGUUGCACCUCGAAGACAAUGACUUUCCCUCGCUCCAGGCCAUCAGCCGCAUCAUCAGUUAGGCCCUUGGAGAACAUACCCCAGGUUUUGGGUGUGCGCUCGAAAGGAAAGAGGGAAAAAAAUAAUUAAAUUAAAUCAAUAAUGCACCAAAAAAUACCAGUAAUAGUAAAAAGUGGAAAUGUGGGCAAAUCCGGGCGGCGUUAUGGCUGCCUGGCGAUUAUCAAAGUAAAUUAUUACGACGCUCGGUGAUGACGGUGCGGAGCGUGGCGGGCACGACGUUGGUGCUACCCUCUGAAGAGAACGACCAUCAAUCCCAGCCAGAGCUGAAUUGCUGCAAGUAGUGACCGCCAUGUCUAAUAGCACAAGGCGCGGUUUGCUUUUACGGUAUUAUUGCGGAGUCUUCCACGUGUCCGGGGGGGGGGGGGGGGGGGGGGGGCGGCCAUGUUUUGUUAUGUGUUUUCGUUCCUAAGUCUUGUUCUCAUUGGAUGAUCGUAGGCAGAUGCCGCUUUUGGGGCCGCCAUCCAAUGUUUUGCAUUCUGGAAACUGGCCUUGUGUGUUUAAAGGGACACAAAUCCUCAUGUCUGUAUUAUGUACAGUUAUUAAGGGGUGUUAAAAGUUAAUCUAUUACUCCCUGUUAUCAGCCAGCGCGAGCUGAGGUGGGGGGGUAGAACUGUAUUGUGCAUCAAUGAAUAAUCCAGGAUCAUCCAGUCUACAUGAUAGCAGAUCUUUAUAGCACCUUUACCGUAUAAGCCACAGAUAUUAGGAUUCAUUCUAGAAGAUAUAUAUAUAUUUUCCAUUUAUUUAUCCCCAGUUCUAUCAGUGUUUGUAUGGACAACCAUAGACAGGGGGCCAAGGGCGCUGCUAAGGAACUAUUCAUACAGCAAUAAAACAACUGGAUUGUAUAUGUGAACGUUAUGCAACAUGACCAUUCACUUACACAGUAUAUAAUCCAUAAGAAAGUUGAAACACUUUAUUUAUAUAUACACACACACACACAGUGGUCCCUCAACAUAAGAUGGUAAUCCGUUCCAAAUGGACCAUCGUUUGUUGAAACCAUCGUAUGUUGAGGGAUCCGUGCAAUGUAAAGUAUAGGACAGUGGUCUACAACCUGC